AACCCACCCACUCAUUCCAACCAUGCUCCCCCUCGGCCUCCUCACCGCAGCCCAAGGCCACCCGAUGCUCGUCGAGCUCAAAACCGGCGAAACCCUCAAUGGCCAUCUCGUCAGCUGCGACACCUACAUGAACAUCACCCUGAAAGAAGUCGUACAAACGAGUCCCGAGGGUGAUCAUUUCUUUCGCUUGGCCGAGUGUUAUGUCAGAGGGAAUAAUAUCAAAUAUUUGCGCGUGCCGGACGAGGUGGUGGAUGUGGUCAAGGAUCAGCAGGCGAAUCAGCAGUCGCAGCGCGGGGGCAGAGGGGGCGGUGGUGCUGGUGCUGGUGGACAGAGGGGUGACCGUGGUGGACGAGGGGAUCGAGGCCGAGGACGAGGUGGGCGGGGAGGAGGAGGUCCGGGGAGAGGGAGAGGAGGGCGUGGUGGAGGUGGAGGUGAUUGAGAAUUGAAGAGGGGAAAGAGGGCAAGUUACAAGGAAUCACCAAAGCUGUGGAGAAAGGGAGAGAGAGGAAAAGAGAGAGACAGAGGGAGAGAUGGAUAUGAAUACCCACCCGGCCACCCACUGAGGCGGCCAUAAAAGGCAGGCAGGAAGGACACCUACCAUACCGCCAUGACUCGCGCUUGAGCAAGUCGCAAAAGACUCGGGUACUACCUCCUUCCACUAUGAAGCAAGGCACUGCUCGAGAGAGAGAAAGGCAGAUACCACAGAUGUUACACAUCAAAAGUCAAAAUAAG